AAUGAAACCGAUUCUGUAUUGGGAAACCAAAAUACCGUGCCCGCUUACACAGACAGAAAGAGAACGCAGAAACCUGUGUUAAUGAAAUGAAAACAGAUGACGUUAUUUGUCAGUUUGCGGGGGUAGGAUAAAGUACUAGUGAGAGAAAGCGUUAGGCCAAUCACCACUCUGCGUUCUCUGGACUGCUGACAGCUCGUCCAAUCAGAGUCGGAUACUGAUGGAGCGUCACAAACCUACCGACCAAUAGGAGCCGCACAGAGGCGGGUCACACUGAAGCAGGAGUUCCCUCUAGCUGUGCAUAGAGGAUUAAUGGAGGGGGUCUAACUUGUCGAAUUAUGCGAACUACAUAGUGCACAAGACCGAAUCGUUUUAUCAACACAAACAAGUAAACGGUCAGGGUGCCGAAAAGGUACGGGAAAAUCUCCGUCCUGCGGCGGAAAUCACGCACGGACGGUGAGAAUACGGGCUUGUGUCGCUCAGGAGGAAAGUCGAGGGCCUCGCUGAGGGUUAGCAAAGCGAAGAAGAGCAGAAGGAGAAGAAGACGGGCUCUGAGUGCUGUUUCAACGGAUUAGAUACGACCCAACAGAGCUGAGAGACGAUACCGAACCAGAAGCGUUGCCAUCAGACAGCCACUGUUAGCUAGCUGGCUAACCAACUGACCAGCUGCUAUCAACCUCCAGACUUUAUUUCCAGCAGCGGAUCUUUGGGAAACUAUCUGUGAUCUGACAGCAAGCAGCGAUCCAGCGAGUUAUGAUCAGAGAGAGCUAGUGCAACAGCCUCAGAAAUCGUAUGAUCAGAAAGGGGACGAGGUCUGAAAGCAGUGGGCAUCAAGAAAAGUCGACUUAAAGGAUCUGUUGUUAUACCUGGCCUGCAAUCAUGGGCAACGCGCCCACCGCUAAGAACAAGGGCAAUGAGAUGGAGAGCGUUAAGGAGUUUCUCGCUAAAGCCAAAGAAGAUUUCCUAAAGAAAUGGGAGAACCCAGCACAGAACACUGCAUCUCUGGACCACUUUGAGAGGUUGAAGACUUUGGGCACCGGCUCGUUCGGUCGAGUUAUGCUAGUCAAGCACAAAGAAUCAGGACAGCAUUUUGCUAUGAAGAUCCUCGACAAACAGAAAGUGGUGAAACUGAAACAGAUAGAACACACACUGAAUGAGAAACGCAUCCUACAGGCUGUCAGCUUCCCGUUCCUGGUGCGAUUGGAGCACUCUUUCAAGGAUAAUACUAACCUGUAUAUGGUAAUGGAGUAUGUUCCUGGAGGAGAGAUGUUUUCUCACUUACGUAGAAUCGGGCGGUUCAGUGAGCCUCAUGCCCGAUUCUACGCUGCCCAGAUAGUUCUGACCUUUGAAUACCUUCACUCGCUUGAUCUUAUCUACCGAGAUCUGAAGCCUGAAAACCUGCUCAUAGACCAGCAGGGCUACAUACAGGUAACAGAUUUUGGAUUUGCUAAACGUGUAAAGGGCAGGACCUGGACACUGUGUGGCACACCUGAGUACCUAGCACCAGAAAUCAUCCUCAGUAAAGGUUAUAAUAAAGCAGUGGACUGGUGGGCUCUGGGAGUGCUCAUCUAUGAAAUGGCUGCUGGUUACCCUCCUUUCUUUGCUGACCAGCCCAUCCAGAUCUACGAGAAGAUCGUCUCGGGAAAGGUCCGCUUCCCCUCCCAUUUUAGCUCUGACCUGAAGGAUCUGCUGAGGAACCUAUUGCAGGUUGAUCUGACAAAGCGCUUUGGGAACCUCAAGAACGGCGUCAAUGACAUCAAGGGCCACAAGUGGUUUGCAACCACCGACUGGAUUGCAAUCUACCAGAAGAAGGUGGAGGCUCCCUUCAUCCCUAAGUGCAAAGGCCCCGGGGACACCAGCAACUUUGACGACUACGAGGAAGAAGAAAUCCGGGUCUCUUUCUCAGAGAAAUGUGGAAAGGAGUUUUCUGAAUUCUAGAAGCAGCAGCAGCAGUGGAGGAGAGAGAGGGAUGGAGCAAAUUAGAUGUGGGGCAACAAAGAAAGAGUGAAGCAAAUGUUUUCCAGGGAGAGAUGAUAGACUGAACUAAGCCUGUAUCCGGUAAAAACAACACCCCUCACACACGGAUGGAGGGAUAAGAAGAACCAGAGAGUCCUAAGAGAGCGCCAGCAGUGUUGCCUUUUCAGAUUCUUUGUCACUUAUUAAUUGUCCAUUUUCAUGUUUUCCCUCUCGUUUGGUAGCCAGGGUCCACUGGGCAAAGAUUCAUGUCUCUGUGACUGGCUGGCAUAGGGGUAUGUGACCUUUUGUUGUUUUUUCAGCGAUGUUACAUUCUGGUACAGAAUUUUGGCUACUCCAGAGAAAAUUACCCCUGUAUUUAUUUUUAUUUUUUUUAGCAAAGGUGCCCUUGCUUGAUAGAUCUCUACCGUGUCAUAUUUUGUUUACUUCCUGCGCACCUACCCAUAUACAAUACCAAGUCAAAACAACUUGCACUGUUAAAGAGUUCUCGCCCAUUUCUCAUUUGUAUUUCAAGCAUAACACCAUCAUUUUAUAAUUUUAACAUGGCAUAUUAAUUUUGUACAUUUUCAUACAGUGCUCUAAGUUCAGGCAGAAUCAACUGCUUAGUUUAAAGACUGUUCAUUGUGACGGUCAUUCAUCGUUUUCUAGAUUCGAUUAGGUUCAAACUGUUUACGGGACAUAAUAGGUCUAGAUCAAAUCAUUCAUUUUUUUGUAGCUACAAAUUAAAAAAAAAAAAAAUGUCAUUAUAAAUGUCCUUCAAUGGCAUUUCCCUCACAGCAGUAAACUUGUCAAGAGGAAAUAAGGUGUGUUUGCUUGAAAGAGACCAUAAAUGAGAUCAUAGCACUACAAUCUGUAGCACAUACAAGUACACUUGAUGCUUGAAAUGAUUUUUCCACCUUUCCCAGAUAGCUUUAAUUUCAAGUUUUCCUGAAAUAAAUCAAGAUUUUGUUUGCCAGAAAGAAAAGUGAAGGAAUCUUGAAGUGAAAGGCUUGUACAUCUGGUUGGAAAAAGCCUUGUUAUUUUUAGAAUAACGCUUUUAAUGAAAAAUGUUAAGGCAAGACAUUGUUUCUGUGGUAACAUGGGCUUCCUGGUGGGCAUUUCUUUUUCUGCCGUAUUUAAAUGUGAUUCUGAGAAAUAAAUAGUCCGAUUUAGUUUUUUUUUGUUUUUUUUUAUCCAUACAGAUGAAGUGAAUAACCAUCACCAGACAAUUUUAGCCAAUGUCCAAAACGAAGCAGCCAUUCAACAUGUUUAAGGCUUACUUGCUGAAUCUGUCAAUUUCUGCUUCAAAUACGCUUGUUAUUCAUCAGAGUUCUGUUGUAGACUUGAAGCUCCAUUAAUCGACCUGUUAAAAGAUCAUCCAACGAAUUAAUCAAAAUUUGUUUUACUCGGUGCAACGAAAAUGCUUUCUAUCUUGCGCUUUAACUUUGUAGGAUGCAAGACAAUCUUAACGCAUAUUUCCUUUCCCAGAAGUGUGCAACAAUGCAAAGUCGGUUGCAAUGAUUUUAUUUGGUUACGCUUGCAUCAAUUAAUAUUUAUUGCAAACAUGUUAAAGGUGAAGUGUGUAAUUUUAGCACCACAAGUGGCACCAAACUGAAUUGCAGUCUAAGUGGGCUGGACAGAACGACAUUGGCUCAACCAAUGCCUUGAAUUUGGGAAGGAACUACCUGUUUUUCUGACCAUUUGCAGACGUGUUUAAAACUUUGAAAACUGUCUUUUUUUUUUUUCUAGAGGCAAAGAAAUUUCGCAUUUUAAAUGUAAAUGUAAAAUGCCAAAUAACGCUUCUAGCUCGGUACUCGAGUUUUUUGCAAUUAGGUUAUGUGCUCUAAAUUUAAAUGAUCACUAUUUUUUUUUUUUAUUAUUAUUAUUUUUUAUGAAGACUACUGUAGCUCCAUUUUACCGAAUGCUUGCAAACGACAGACUGGUGCCAACUUUCAAUAACCGAAGUAACUAUUGGACACCGAAUGGCUGUUUAUUGUAGAGGAUGCCAUUUUAAAUUGUAGUAUGGAUAAAAAUAAUGUUUGUUUACAUUUUCCUCUCAGGAAAUGUUGGCACUUAAACCUGCCGGGUGCACAGCCAAAACAGAUCGUAUUGUGUCGCAGGCUCUGAUUGUUUGGGGUGAUGAAGAAAGCGAAACAACCACAAGGCAGAUGUUUAUAUUUCACAAAACUUUAACUGAGGUAUAGAUUUAGGUCUUUUCUCCCCUAGCUGUUGCAGGGACCUUUGCUCACCUGAUUUCUGGAGGCGUCACAAGGGGCCAUAAAAUGUGUGUGCAAACUGGAGAAACAGCUCCACCUUUUGGUUUUGAAUAGCUGAAAAACAAAACAAUCAGUGUUUAAGGAACGCUUCAGUAAUCAUCUACUGCUCAUCUGUGGUGGUUUUUGAUGCUAGAAGCCAAGCAAGACUAUUCUCAACUGGUGCACUGAGUGAGAUAAUGUACAGGUUGAGCUUUUACUUGAUUUUGAGAACUGCAAAUUUGAGCUUGAUCGUGAUAUGUAAAGGUUAUAUUCUAAGCAGCAGUGAUUCUAACAGCAUUCAAAAUAAAUGAAGAUGCUGAGAGAUGAGAAAUGCUCAGAUGCACCUUUCAUUACACAUCUUUUUGUCAGAGCAUGGAAAUAUGUGAUGAUCUUAAGUUAAAGGUAUUCGGAUGUUGAAGUCACCCCUCUAUGUCCGUCUGGUUCUCUGGGCCCUGUUCGUCCCCCUUUGAGAUACAUGGGUGUCACACAUCCUCCAGUUUUCUUUUACAUUGUCAGUCAUCUUUUUUUGUGUGUGUGUGCAUCAGUUCAUGAUACAGUUUGCCUUUGUACACAUCCAGUUUCCUACACUCUUCUAUUUGCUUUUUAAAAAGAAAAAAAAAUCAUGAAGAAAACAUUUGAUUUACUUUUGCAUAUUUUCUAAGUGUAUUUUCAAUAACAGGAGUCUCUUUCCUCCCGACAUAGGUAUGGUGAUGGUGUAGUCUAUUGUACCUUUUUGGGAAACAAUACUGUAUAUUCUCUGCCUUUAACAGUCUUAAUUAUUUUACCUUCUGGAGAAGUUGAUGGAUACCCGUAGGACAGAUCGAGUAUGUUUAAAAAGAAAAAUACACCGAAUAAUAUUUUGCAACAUGUAUCAUUCCAAUAAAGUUUUAAUUGUUAAAGUUACAAUAA